AGACAGAAUCAGUGGCUGUUCCCAUCCCUGUGCGUCUCCGUGCCAUGAUCCACUCAGUCGAGAAUGAGUAGAUCUCCAUCCAGCCACUCUGUACAGCCUCACCUCUGUUUGGAGAGCUAAGCGUGUGGAUAACCUCAGCGGUGCAUUUGGCACAGGCGCAGCGCGCUACUCCACAUCCGGCGAUGAGCGCGUAAAGAGAGGAUCAAGACCCAGCUGCAGUUGAAGUCUUCGCCGUUCCGCACCCGGUCAGGAUGAGGAUAACCUUUGGCUCUCUGGUGGUCGUAGCAGGCAUCUGUGGUCUUCUCAGCUACGCUUUCCUGGCCACUUCCCUUGGAACAGAGUACUGGUACAUUAUAGGGAUGAACCCCAUGAACAUGAGCGACCUGGAGCACGUGAGCUUCCACUAUGGACUGUGGACUAUAAACGAAGGUGGGAAGAUGGACGAGGACCUUAUGGAUUCUUUCAAAGCUGACGACUCCAGAUACUCUGACACUGAGCUGCUCAUGCUGAACAUGCACAGUGCUAUAGUGGUGGUGCUCACCCUCAGCCUGGUCCUCCUGCUGUUCGGAGGUAUCUGCGCGCUGGUCAGUUCCCUGGCUCGGAGUCCGGUGCUCCUCACCAGCUCGGCUUCCUACUUCUUCAUCUGCAGCCUGCUGACCCUGUGCGGCGUCAGCCUCUACAUCGUGUACUCGUACGAGGCCCUGGCAGAGAUAGAGCGGCAGGUGGGAGCCGAGGGCCUGGCCUACAUUCACACCUCCUUCGGCUGGUCUCUGGGCAUGGCCUGGCUCUCCUACAUCCUGGAGCUCCUCACCGGGGCUCUGCUGCUUGUCGCCGCACAGGUGGUCAAGGUGCAGCACAGCAGUCCCUCAGUGGCCUGACACACGUCUGCACAGGGGAAGCAACACAUUCAGGACGGGCACUGAACUGUACCGAGCCGUCAGAGUAUGUUGCUGCCAUGUGGUUCUAUAGCUGGAAAGUAUGACAGCUAUGACAACAUACAAAGACUGAAUUUAAAUUUGAAUUAGUUAAAAAGAGUGUUCUGAGUUAUAAAUAUCAAUAUCCUCCAAUCCACUUGAGACUGUAAACUGAGUUUCAGCCAUCUGGCCCGUGGCUCCCUCUUGUGGUUGGAACUUGUAUCUGUCCACAAACACACUGUUAUAAUAUUUCUGUGCCAACUACACAAACAAGCUCUCAAUUUAAGAUAAUUUCCUGUUAGGUUAAAUGUCUAGAAACAUAUUAAUUGUCACAGCAUUCCGCAUUGUCUGUAUUCCUGUAGAUUGAUUUGAUGGCAGUUGUAUUUGUUUUGAAUGUUUACAGUGUGAAGGUUAAACCUAAAAUGGAUUGUACAUAUCAUCGUGCCAUGUCAGCAGCAUGUUUUUUUCUUUUUAAAAAGAGUAUUGACUCCAUGUGACAACAACUCUAAAAGCUUCAAUACAGCAAAUGACUUCUUUCUCCAACUUCUCGUUGUUUUAACAUAUUCCUUCAGUUCUCUGGGUUUGAUGCACAACAGUCUGUUUCGGUAUCAGUGUUUUUUCCUGAUAAGCAAUUUACUUUACGUCUGUUUAAUUAGAAAGUGAAUAAUUGAUUCAGUUAUACUUGCAUGUCAGAUUCUGUUAUUUGUUUUAUGAGAUAUACUUUGUGCUUCCAGCAUGUUCUUACAACAUUAUGUGUGAUUGGGCCAGGAUCCUCAGUUAUCAUUUGUUUGUAUGGCUCUAUUAAGAAGUGUGACUUC